AAAAGGAACGGGCAGAGGGAAAAUAUAACAAUAAUUUGAGAAAAUCAAACAAAGUAGAGCGGAGAAAAAGGAAAUGUCUUAUCUGCUCCUUCAUCAACUAUAUCCGCACCAGCCACUGCCCCCUUCCUCAACGUCGUCCAUGGCCCAUCUCCAUCUAGGUACAGCCCUCUUCGGAAACUUCUGCAAUUCAUGUUCAGUUGCCCGCAGAGGAUCUCAACCACCGAAUUUCAUCAACAUCCUGCGCUCCUCUCCACYGAAUUCUUCAACUAUAAGGUGCAUGGCAAACCCUCGACGGGUGAAAAUGGUUGCCAAACAAAUAAGGCGCGAACUCUCUGACAUGCUCCUCACCGACAAGGUCCUUCAGUACGCUGUUCUCCCGGAAGCCGCACUCGGCGCCGACCGUUACUUGUCUUCCCUCACCACCAUCUCCGACGUCGAGGUCUCUGCUGACUUGCAGGUGGUUAAAGUUUAUGUAUCUGUAUUUGGUGAUGAAAGAGGUAGAGAGGUUGCUAUUGCUGGGCUGAAAUCAAAGGCCAAGUAUGUUCGCAGUGAGUUGGGCAGGCGUAUGAAAUUGCGGUUGACUCCUGAGAUACGUUUUAUUGAAGAUGAGUCUCUAGAGAGAGGAAGCAGGGUGAUUGCAAUACUGGAUAGGCUAAAGAAUGAGAAAAAGAAUGCAGAAAGUCACGAUGAAGGGAAAUCUCAAUCAUCUGAUCUGUCUGAAGAUGAUAGAGAUUGGGAUGUUGAUGACCCUGAUGAUGGCAUUAUUUAUAUAAAGUAGCUGCUCAUGGUUAGUUGAAGUAUGCUUGGAUUUUGGACUCAGACAUAGUUUUACAGCUUCACAGGUUGUAGCUCCCUGGGUUGUCAGCUAUUGGGCCAUGACUCUGUAACUCGAACUACCAAAAUUUUAUGUGGUUCUUAAUUCCUCCCCAGGUGUAGAUGCGCUUAUUUAUGUUUCCGGCUUUCAUUACCUGUAGUUAAUGAUUUACACCAUUUAAGUUUUCAACAGGGAAGUUACAGCAAUGGAAUGGAAAGGGAAAUCCUGGUGCUAUGGUCUAAUUGUGUGGGAGAAAAGAACACGGCAGAUUAGAAAGCAUGGGUUUGGAGUUGUAUUUCCAGAACUACAUUUAUUUUGAUUGUCCUUUCGUGUUUCCCAUUCCUCUCAUACUGGCACGGGACCAUGGUGCUUACAUUUGAAAAAACAUGAGUCCAGAAUGAGGUUCAUUCAUCAA